AUGCUUCAAAUUCAUUUAAAUCUGUUGGCAAAAGUUUUGGCCUCUCGCCCCGCCUCUCAUUUCCUUGGUCCCGUUAUCCUGCAAGCCAGGGAUAUGGUCUCGAUCACGAAACCACAACCAACUCAUCGUUCUGGCGCAACGCUAGUACUUCUCUUUAUUGCAACUGGAACUCGUUUACUCAAGGGGCUAAAAGCGAAGAGGACAACUGCGCUUGACGAUAUUCAUACCCAUGCCUCUGCUUAUUAUCCAUCUUACUCUGGGCUUGCAGGACUUGCAAAUGAGUCGGAGACUAUGCUCCUUGGGAUGGAGAUCAACGGGUACUGGAAAGAAGUACGAGCUUCGUUAGGGCUGCCGACCUUACCCGACACUAUCGUCGUCCCGGCUAUUGUGAAUACUACUAGCACUGGUGGUACGACUGGAUCACAGUCCUAUCUGUCGGUGGAGGAUGAAGGCUAUCUACGACGUCUGGGCAGGAUUAAUCCUAGGUUAUGGAGGAGGCGGCUUAUGUUCCAGGUUCAUCCUCCAACUACCUCGUCUUCUUCUCUUUCUCGGGAACACAGUCAGAAGGAACAAGGACAGGGACAGAAUAAACUGUUGCUGGAUAACACACAUACGGGAGCUGUGUCGAAUUUAUUACUUACCAAUCAGGACGGUACGAGGCAGGCUCCCAGUUUUCAGGAUUCGUUCCCUUCAUCCGGGGCGGAGUUCGCAGAAUUAUUCAUUUCUCCCGAUGUAUUCAAUACAACGCGACGGACCUCCGUCAGCGAGAUUGCAGCCUCCUUCCGCGCGAUCGCAAUCAAGGGACUUAGGAGGCCUGGUAGAUUCCCGUAUUUAAGACAUGGAAAGCAUACGAUCCGUUGAGG